AAGAAAGGAAGAUGUUGCAAUAUGUUCAGUCAGUUCAGAUGACUCAUUCAGGAUGGCAGAACUGAGGACUUUCCUGUUUGUUGUGGUGGAGGAGGGCAAGUGGGCAACUGGAGCACUGGAGGAAAACAUAACCUAGUACCCUGUGAAGAAACAGACAUCAGAAGAGAGAAUCGAUACAGAAACUUAAAAGACGACCUCCGGAAGCCUUUGACUCCAUUUAAUAACUACAAGGAAACUGAAACUGAGAUUUCUGGGUUCUUACAUCAGAGAUGAGUCAUUUAUGAUACCAGCUGCAGAAGUUAAAAAGUAGAGGGAGAGCCAGUAGUAAGCUAUUUUGAGGACUGACAGCACUUUUGGUGGCUGCCUGAGUGGGGUCCUGCUUGAAAAGAGAGAAGUGCACCUGAGUGCCUGCUCACCAUGGGAGACCAUCCCAGAGAGGACCAGAUCGUCGCCAUGGACUGUGAGAUGGUUGGAGUGGGGCUUUUACGGGAGAGUGGACUGGCUCGGUGCAGUAUUGUGGACUAUCAUGGCCUUGUGGUGUAUGACAAAUUCAUCCGGCCGGAAGGGGAGAUCACAGACUAUCGAACCUACGUUAGUGGGAUAGAACCUUUUCACAUGGUAAUGGCUGAACCUUUCGAGAGUGCCAGGGAAGAGAUCUUAAAGCUCCUUCGAGACAAGCUGGUGGUAGGCCACGACCUCCGAUUUGACUUUAAGGCCUUGAAAGAAGAUAUGUCCAAUUACAAGAUCUAUGACACUGCCAAGGACAGACAGCUUUGGGAGGCAGGAGGCCUGGGGGGCUGUCGACGGGUGUCCCUCAAGGUUCUGUGUGAGAGGAUCCUCAAGAGAAGAAUUCAGAAUAGCAGAUCUGGACACUCCUCCGUGGAAGAUGCCAGAGCUACUAUGGAACUCUAUAAGAGAUCCAGACUUAUAAGGGACCGUGAAAGGAAGUAAUGAAGGGAAGUAAUGAAGAUUGGCCCUAGACCCAGCUGCCUGAAGUCUCAAGGUCACCCUCAAGAGGAGGAAUGAAAGCCAAAGCCUCCGAGGAAAUCUUUCUUCCCUGCAGAAGCAUCUCCCCCAAAUGUCCACUUUCUUGCUUUUAUUACGAUAAUAAAAUGGAUCUCUAUUUUCUGUA